AUGUCAGUCUCAGCACCAGCCGACAGCUUGCUGUGUUGGAUAUACAAGCACUUUCCGUCAGUUGCGGAGUGCAAUACUGAUCUGGACUACGACGAGGUAUCAUCACGUGUGUGUCGGUGGAUUGCGACGAAGAAGACUGUGAAGAAGCUCCGUCGGGGGGUUGUUGUUGUCAGAUACAGACCGGAGAGGGUUAUGCUCCAGUUCGACUACGUCCAGUGCAUUCCUACACAUCAUGUCCAUUCAUGGGUGUCAUAUGAUGACGUGGACGAUACUUGGACGCACUACUCAGACCAUCUGGCAGCAGUAGGUGAUCUAUGUGUUGUGCCAGGUCAGUGUGCGCUUGAUUACAUGGACUGGUUCUUCGUCAUAUCGCAUUUAUUCAUGACUGCGCCACAGACGGAUCCUUCUCGAGAUGCAUAUGUGACGCAACCCAGUCAUAUCCCUCAUGAGGCAACAUCGGCAUCGACACAUGCAGAUCCUGAUGCGGACGAGCCCAGACAUGCAGUGAAGGCUUGCCAUGCGAUUGCGGAGGCGUUGGAGCAACAUCUAAAUGCGCCAGGCACAUCCACACAUGAAGAGGUCAUCCAAAAAUGCCUUAGGAUUGUCAGGGGUGUCACAGAAGACCGCAAUGUGUAUGUGAGGUCUCGACAUAGGCGCCGCCCGGAUCAACAAUAG